GCGAGCGGACGUACGUUGCGCCUGCCGGGGAUUCUGCGGUGCCGAGCUGUUCUCUUAUAUAUUACACUGCUACAGAAACACACAAACAAACAUAUACGCGCACAUACACACCUGUACACAAAUCGAGCGGGCAAAAAUGUUGGAGCACGCGCGCGCAAAACUCGAACUAAAGCAAAACGAAUCGAAAAGUGCUUCAAAAUCCACGUGAAACGGUGCAUAGGCAAUCGGGCGAAAGUAAUACGAAUAUAAAAAUCAAAUCGAAUCAAAUUUGAGUCGAAAUUAAAGUGGAGUUUUCUUUAGAGGAAAAAUCAAUGCCGCUAAACGUAAACUGACGACGACGCACAGAUACACACGCACACCAAACGCACACGUGUGUCUCCAAUACAAACACAUCCACACACCGACGCACACGGACAAAAGCCUAACAAAGUGAAAGUAACGGAAUUGGCAAGCCAAAAGUGAAGGAAAGAAGGAGCAACAGAAAUCCUCGUAAAUUUUGCAUUGCCUACUUUCCAGCUGAGAGAACUAAAUUCUUUCAGUGAAUUCCACUGCUGCUGCUGAUGCCUGAUGGCCUGGUCACUCUGCCAAGCCCUCUGUGCGAGUGAGUGAGUAAGUGAGACUGUGUGUGCGUGCUUCUUUGGCUGUUUCCAAAAGUCGGUCAUACUAAAAACACAAACAACAACAGCGCAAGGCAGGGCAAGGGAAGACAUGCAACAAAAACAGGCGGCAACUGCAGCCGCCAACGAUACAGCCCCAGCAUCAGCAGCAGGAGCAGCAACGGCCACCUGAGCUAAGAUAAACACGCAAAACAAAGCAAAGUGGGUCAGUGUGCGAGGCAGCGGUAGCCCAUUCAAAGGGGUUUCAGGUGGUGCAUGAGGAGGAGGAGGAGGUGCAACACCAGCUGCAUCUUGAGGAGACAACGACAUGUGCUGAUGGACAUGUGUGCAACAGCAGUAGGCGGCACACUCAAAGGCUCAAAGGCAGACAGAACAAAGGUUGCGGCGCCCAAGCGGAAAUUAACUUCUGGUUGAUUUGAGGCUCGUGGAAAUCGCUGACCCAGACAAUGGCCCCAGCCAACACAAGUAACAACAAUAGGUUCAAAAGCACAGCCAGUGCCAGGAGCAACUUCUGUUGCAGCUGCCUUUACAGAACAAACACCAAAGUUGGAGGCAGAACUGACUCCGGAUCGAACGAGGGACAACAGAAGCAGCAGCAGCAGCAGCAGCAUCGGAGGCAGCAACAAAUCUAAUUACGGAACAACAAUAAGGUCAAAACUUGGAUGUUGUCCAAGGGAUGUUGAUGUUGAUGUUGAUGUUGCUGAUGAUGAUGAUGAUAAUGAUUUUGCUGCUGUUGGUGAUGGUGAUGGGAAUGCCAAAGCACACUCAAACGUUCCCCUUUGUGUGUUCCGAACGGAAAUGAGGCGCUACAUGUCGCCCCCAGUGAGUCCAGCCACUGCUGCUGGCCAAUCUGAAUUGCUCGCGUCAGUGAGCGAGUAACAGGCGAAACUCCGAUUACAAAUUCUCCCAGCUGGAAUCUGCUGGAAUUUAAUUAAAGCGCAAAAAAGCCGGAACACGAGCCGGAGUCCGAGACAACGAGUCAAAGUAGGGCGAUUGCCCAAGAGGCGUGGCGUGGCGUGGCGUGGCGGCGGGUGGUGGCCAUAAAUCCAUGCCCCCAUCCAUGCUGCAUGCUGCUACUCCGCUGCAAAGAUUGAGUGGAGCAACGACACUGUCCAAUUAGUUGUUGCAGCAGCCACGAGCGGCUAUCAUUUGGGCUCCAUUGAACGUACUACCCGGUACACCGCUGCCUCACUGAUGACUGCGGCCAAAAGACGUGCGGGCAGCAGCAGCAGCACCAGCACCAGCAACGAGCAGCAAUCCCUUCAGCAGCAGCAGCAGCAGCAGCCACAGCAUCUACCCAGACAGGAUGGGGACUCGCAGUCACAGGAACACCAUGAGUACCAGCAGUUGCUGCAGCAUCCCCACCACCACCACCACCAUCAGCACUACGGUGUCGGGGGAGGCGGCAAUCACCAACAGCAAUACCACCAGCAGCACUCACAUCCUCAGCAGCAGCAGCACCCUCAUCAGCACACGAAUCCUCAUCAGGCGACACUGCGCGAUUGCUCUGUCAAAUUGCCGCUGGAUAUCCUAUGGCUGCCAAAGUCUGCGAUGCGACCGGUGGGCUCUGAUGCCUCGCACACGGACUGCAUCCUGGUGGUGGGCGUCUCCCGUCCAAAGCUUGCCGUCGUCUUCCUCACGGUCAUGCUGAUCUCACUGUUCCUCACCUUCCACGUGCUGUACGACAGUGCCGUGUACAACAUCCAGGCCGCCCAGGCUGUACACGAAAGGCAUCGCCUCUCGCUGGCAGCCUCCGCCUCCGCAUCAGCCCUAUCCGGAUCUUCAUCGGCCAGUGGCGCCUCCUUCUCCUCCUUCUCCUCCUCCUCCUCCUCCUCCGCGUUCGCUUCGUCAUCCAACCAUCUGCCUGCUUUCGUGAAGCCAGUGCCCAGCGCGAAUCAGCUAAGCCAUCCCAUGGUCUUUCCCUCCAGUCGGGUGCACUUUCCCAAAACCAGUCGUCGUCUGCCGCAGGCCCUCAUAAUUGGUGUGCGAAAGUGCGGCACGAGGGCACUGCUGGAGAUGCUCUACCUGCAUCCGCGCAUCCAAAAGGCCGGCGGCGAGGUGCACUUCUUCGAUCGGGAUGAGAACUACCUGAAGGGCCUGGAAUGGUAUCGCAAGAAGAUGCCGCACUCCUUCCGCGGCCAGAUAACCAUCGAGAAGAGUCCCAGCUAUUUUGUCUCGCCAGAGGUGCCGGAGCGAGUGCGGGCCAUGAAUGCGAGCAUCAAGCUGCUGCUGAUUGUGCGGGAGCCAGUGACCAGAGCCAUCUCGGACUACACCCAGCUGCGCAGUCAUGCGGCAACUGCCAUCCUGCCGCUGGCCGAGCGGGAGAGCUCCGGCAGUGGUGCAUCCGCCCAGCCGCCCAAGAUGCCAUCACAGUCGCUGCUGUAUGCCAAGCUGCAGGCGGCUCAUGGCUAUGACAAUGCCCUCCUCGGUGGCAGUGGCGCUGGCGCCAAGGAGACAAAAACAAAGUUAAGCGCCGCGGGCAGGCGGCAGACCGGCGCUGGAGCGGCAGCUGGUGGGACGAUGACCACAACAACACCAUCGCCGCUGGCAAGUGCCGCCCAAAUGGCAGCCAAGUCCUUUGAGGAGCUGGCCAUAUUUCCCAAUGGCACCGUUAACGAGGCUUAUCGACCGCUCAGCAUAUCCAUGUACCAUGUCCAUCUGCACCGCUGGCUGGAGGUCUUUCCGCGCGAACAGCUGCUGGUGGUAAAUGGGGAUCGACUCAUCGAGGACCCAGUCUCACAGCUGAGGCGCAUCGAGGCGUUCUUAGGCAUUGAGCAUCGUGUGAAGAGCGAGCACUUCUACUUCAACGAGACAAAGGGAUUCUACUGCCUGCGCUAUGACAACGGAGAUCGCUGCCUGCGCGAGACCAAGGGACGAAAGCAUCCACAUGUGGAUCCCGUGGUGGUCUCCCGUCUGCGCAGAUUCUUUGCCGAGUACAAUCAACGCUUCUACGAGCUGGUUGGCGAGGAUCUCGGCUGGCCCGAGGAGUAGGCGCCGCAGAAAUCCUAAAUGAGAAACAUGGACUGUGGGACACACAACCACCAGUGUGUGCAGUGCGAAGUGCAACAUCGACAGCAACAUCCCAGCAAAUAAAUCUGCCCGCCAGUGGUCAAUCCUAUGAACUCCUGGUGCAGCAAUUUUAAUUACACGCAGCAGAGGCGGCAACGGCAACUCCAGCAGAAAGAAAAGAAGGAAAUGCAUGGCACAAUUUACCCGUUGUAUAUUUUGUGAAGUUUCACGAAGAGGGGGGUACAGCCAACCCAGCCAGCCCAGCCAGCAGCAGCUCUGACAGUUCAAUUAUGCGCGCGUAUUGAAAAAUUGCAUUCCCAUUUCCCGCAGCCCACCAGUUUCAAUUCCGCCCUGUCCACCCAUGCCCCUCCCCCACGCAUGCAAAUUUGCCUUCGCAUCAGAGAAAGGAAAUGAGAAAAAGAACAAGAAGGG